AUGCGUUAUUUUCACCAAAGACACAGAGAAUGUGAACUCAACAAUGGGUUUGGUCAUAAGAAUGCGGAAUUUUUACCGUUCAAUCCCCUGGACAAAGAACUGGCAAAGGAUGAGUCCAAUCAUGUUUUUCUGAUAGCCGGGUAUCCAAAAUACAAGUGUCCUUACGUUUGGUUGAGGUCAAAUCAUAAGCGAUUAAUUCAGCUUCGGGAUGACCAGAAAUUGGAAACUGAUAGUCCCCUAAAACUAGACACCAUAGCAGCUUGGAAAAAUCAAGAUGUAAAGCUUUGGGACAUAAUUGCGGAGGUGAUGACUUUAAGCCUCACACCACAGGCACCGGAGAACCCGUUUGAAGUUGAUCACUCGUAUUACGACACAUUACCACUGGAGGAAAGCAUAGUUCGAACAGGAGCGAUGGUUCAUUUUCUUCAAAAUGCUUAUUUAAGGGACACAUCGUAUGCCGACAAAAUAUUUGAAGAUAUUAAGUUGUUACAACAAAGACACUUUACAGCGUUCGAAGAAAUGAACGAGGCAUUGAAUUCAAGAUCAUUAGAGAGAUCAAACCCAUCAUCAGGAGUAUCAGCAAGUACAAGUUAA